GAGACAUGGCCAUUCCUAGGACACAGCUGUGUGGAGGAAGGUGGUCAGACACCCAGGGGAGAUCCCUGGGCUCCUCGAGGUCAAGGUGAAGAGCAUUUGCCGAGUGAACGCCCGUGGCCUCCUUGCAGCCUCCUAGAACUGGCAGGAGGGGAAAAUGGAAGAGACGAGCCUGAGAAAAAGGAAGGGGGAUGAGAGGUCUAUCCAGAGCAGCGAACCCAAGACCAUGAGUCUCCAAAAGGAGCUGGGCCUGUUCAGUGGCACCUGCAUCAUCGUGGGCACCAUCAUCGGCUCUGGGAUCUUCAUCUCCCCCAAGUCUGUGCUCAGCAACAUGGAAGCCGUGGGACCCUGUCUCAUCGUAUGGACCAUGUGUGGGGUUCUUGCGACACUGGGCGCCCUGUGCUUCGCGGAGCUUGGCACGAUGAUCACCAAGUCAGGGGGCGAGUACCCCUACCUGAUGGAGGCCUUUGGCCCCAUUCCGGCCUACCUCUUUUCCUGGAGCAGCCUGUUCGUCAUAAAGCCCUCAUCCUUUGCCAUCAUCUGUCUCAGCUUCUCCGAGUACGUUUGUGCACCCUUCUACCCGGGCUGCAGCCCUCCCCAAGCUGUCAUUAAAUUCCUGGCUGCCGCUGCCAUCUUGCUCAUCUCCACGGUGAACGCGCUGAGUGUGCGGCUGGGGAGCUAUGUCCAGAACGUGUUCACGGCGACCAAGAUGGUGAUCGUGGUCAUCAUCAUCAUCAGUGGACUUGUCCUCCUGGCCCAAGGAAAUACGAAGAAUUUUGAAAACUCUUUUGAAGGCACAUCAUUGUCUAUGGGCUCCAUCAGUCUGGCAUUAUAUAAUGGACUCUGGGCGUAUGAUGGAUGGAAUCAGCUCAACUACAUCACAGAAGAACUUAGAAACCCUUCCAGAAACCUGCCCCUGGCCAUCAUCAUCGGGAUCUCACUGGUGACAGGCUGCUACAUCCUCAUGAACGUGUCCUACUUCACUGUGAUGACCGCCACGGAGCUCCUGCACUCCCAGGCUGUGGCCGUGACGUUUGGUGACCGUGUCCUCUACCCCGCCUCGUGGAUCGUUCCGCUCUUCGUGGCGUUUUCAACCAUCGGCGCUGCUAACGGGUCGUGCUUCACUGCGGGCAGACUUGUUUUUGUUGCAGGCCGGGAAGGCCACAUGCUAAAAGUGCUGUCUUACAUUAGUGUCAAGCGCCUCACUCCAGCUCCUGCCAUCAUCUUUCAUAGCAUGAUAGCGAUCAUUUACAUCAUCCCUGGUGACAUAAACUCUUUAGUCAAUUACUUCAGUUUUGCUGCAUGGCUGUUUUAUGGUUUGACGAUCACUGGACUAAUUGUGAUGAGGUUUACAAGGAAAGAACUGAAAAGACCUAUCAAGGUGCCCAUUUUCAUCCCCAUCUUGGUGACUCUCUUAUCCGUGUUUUUGGUUCUGGCUCCGAUCAUCAGCAAACCUGCGUGGGAGUAUCUCUACUGUGUGUUGUUUAUGCUGAGCGGCCUUGUAUUUUAUUUCCUUUUUGUCCACUACAAGUUUAGAUGGGCUCAGAAAAUCUCAAGUAAGUAUCAAGCAGGGGACCGUGUGCUGUUAGUGAAGCCAGGCAGGCCCAGCACCCCGCAGCCUCAUCUGUCCCGAUGCUACCAGGGCUUUCUUGUCACGGGUCUCACACAGCUAACAAAUUUCACCUCCUCUUUGGCAGGACACGUGACCUGUUCCCCUCAGGGUGACACCCCUGGGGUCCACCUGUGGCCUCUAUUAUUUCCCAAGGACUUUGCUCCUUUCUUGAAAGAGCUCCUCCUGCCUCCAACCUCUUUACGCUGACCUAAGCCUAGAGCUGAGGGGUUGCUGGUACUCUACUACAAAAACGAAAGAAACGGUUCAUAACUAUCAGAAAACCAGCCACAUUUGCCUGUGCCUCUGAAAGUGGACUUGCAUUUGAUUAUAUUGACAGAGAAUCUAGCCAGGAUAACUUACAACCUAAAGGCUCCACCCAAAUACGCCUUAUUUCUCCGCUUUGUAGUGGUUAGCCAAGCUGUUCCCCACAAAAACUGUUAAGUUAGAAUUAAGGAAGUAGAGAGAAUGAACCACCUGUAUGUUAAAGGAAAUGCCGACUAAGUGACUUCAGACUACACAGUCAGCCUUGGUCAGCGGUAGUUAAAUAUACACAUAUAACUGAGUCAUUCAUGUUUUUCCUAUAAGUGGUUUGGUGGCAGUAAAAUAUUUAGCAGGUUCCUAAUGCUUUCAUGGGAAAUAACUUAUCUCCAAAGAACCACCACAGCUCCCAGGAUGGGUCUGCCCAUCUCUAGCUACCUGUAUCCUCCGAGCACAGGCUCUAACAGGAGACACAUCACCAAGGAGUAACAGUAUCACUGCUCACCAGUAAGUGGGAUGAAGCUGAUUUUUAUUGACGCUUUUCUAACUGCACUUCCCCCCCAGAGCCUCUCACCAUGCACCUUCAGAUGCUGAUGGAAGUCGUGCCCCCAGAGGAAGCUCCAGAGUAACAAGCUCUGCCUCUUGUGCCAAAUCCAAGCUGUGAUGAACUUAUUUUUGUAAACAAUAUUUGUGGUUAUUUCUUCCUGAUGUUUUUCUUAAGAAACAAACAAACAUAUUCACACGUGUAUGAUACUAUUAUUUUUAGCUAUCCUUAAUUCUCUGGGUGGGUGCUGGCUGAAAUCAGCAGGCGAGGACAUAACCCAGAAGAACGGUGGUGGUGGGAAGGACUAAAUCAGGGCAGUGCCACCACACAGUGACUCUAGCAAGGGGCACAUCACACCUACUUCAUAAAGGGCGUUCUUUCAGCUCCAUCAUCAGAAAGGUGCGCGCACACACACACACACACACACGCAUAUAUACGUUUAAAUAUAAAAUUGAUGAAACUUUGCUUUGACUGAAAUAGAUUUUUAAAAUACUCAAGUAUGAAUGCUUUACUACCUACCCCCACCCCUUCCUAUAUUUCACCUGGGACGCAUGUGGCAGGUCCGUCCUAGGCUGGAUGUCAAGGCCUGCAGGGCAAAGCUGACUGCCCAGAACCACCUGCAGCCUGUGUCCACAAGAAGCUCAGUGUCACAGGUCCCCUGACAACCUUCACUGGUAUUUUAGUCAAACCAAGAAGUAUGGUGUAUAAAAUUCUACUGCAUUUGGCACUCAGGAAUAUUCCUGACAAAAUAUGGUCUAAAAGAAUGGAAAAAGUAACAUUUCCAUGAAAACACUGAAAUUUUAUUGAUAUAUUGCAAAAGACUUUCACACCAAAACUAAGAACAUGAGCAAUAUUUGAAGCAUACAAAGGUACUUUUACCAUGCAUUUCAGAAACUUUCCCAAAACAUGAAAUUAGUAUGUAUUAAUAGUAGAGAACAACAACAAAAAACAAUUAGUAAUUGUUUACAUUUCACAAGCAAGUAGUCCUGUAUCUUACAGAACAUAAUUCAGAACUUCAAAUAGUCGUAAAUUUAAAUGUCUGAAAAAAGAAAUUGAAAUUUAAACAUGCAGCCAUCCUCUGCCCAAUACUUUCACUCAGCUGUUACUGAACGAGAAUCAGCGUUAACAUCUUCUCUGGGAACAGGAAAUCCCAUCAUCUUCACCUGGGCACACAUCUGUGCAGCUCUACUGCUUGCUAUUAUUAUGUGUUGCGUUUUAUGAAAGAGACGAUACAAUGGUGCAUACAAUGCAGGUGCCCAACCACCUCAGGGAAAAAGCCAGUGCAUACCGACCCAGUGGCCUCCCCAGUGGGAGUGACAGCGGUUAUUUACUGAAACGUACAUGGGAUAAGAAUGUUUCAAGAGCUUCAUAGACCAGAACCUCUGCCAGCAAAGACACCACAACUUCCCGAAGAGCCGGCCCAGUUCAGCCAGGAAAAAAAGACAAUCACCCCCAGUAUACCUCCUGUGCCGAUCGGACACUUGCCAGUGAACCACGGGCUCACAGUGGCAGCAAGGAUGCGAUUCUGGCAGCUGUCCAGGCUGGACACCACACCCUCCCCUCAGAGGGCAGCGGCAUGCCUCCACCCAGCAGCACUCCAGGCCCCACAGCUGGGCAGUGCCCACCAAGGAGCAGACCGUCUUAUUUUACAGAUGAGGAAACUGAGAGCAAAAGGACGGUUCACGCCUGCUCAUGGGACAUGACAGCCUGAUGGCAAAGUUUACCUCCCGUUCAGGUGGUGCUUCACACCUGGGACAUGUACAAACGUGGGCACCUGUGCUUUCUGAUGUGUAAAAAAGAAUAAAGAUUCUGGGGGCCGUCCUAGCAGUCAUGUUCCAUCACGUUAUUUUCCAAUUCGAGGCAAAGCUGCCAGACCCACACUGAAGCAGCGCACAGGGUGUACAUUUGCCAACAGCUUGCCCGUCUAACUUUGCCAGUUAACGUGAAAGCCAGGCUCUGGGCCUGCCCACAUUUAAGUGCUCAUGACAAAUGCACACUUCCUGAUGACCUCGUGACUGUGGGUGCUGCAGCCUCAUCCCAGGAUGAGGCCAUGAAUGUUUUCAGGGCUCGCCAU